GAGGGCUGCAAGAAUGGCUGUCUCAGUUCUUCGACAGACAGUUGUCCUGGGACUGCUUGCAUUAAUCCUGACAUGUCAUGCUGAUGAUGUACCGAAUGACAAGGAGAAUCCAGAAGACAAAUCAGACCAUAAGUCAGAUGACCACAAACCAGAUGACCCUGGCAAAAGGCCAGAAGCAGAGUUUCCCAAAUUCCUAAGUCUCCUGGGAACAGAGAUCCUUGAGAAUGCAGUGGAUUUCAUCCUUCGCUCCAUGGCCAGAGGAUCAACAUUUAUGGAAUUUAUUGAUAAAACAGGAGAGCCAACCACAAAGUGACCUUCUCAGGGCACACCUACCUGGCAGCUGGACAAAACCCAAGAAGCCAGAUCCUGCUCUUCCCGUUCUGCUCCCCAUGCCUUCCAGCACAGAUCGCCCACAGCACUUCCUGGCGUGUCCUCAGCAGUCAGGCCCCAGCUUCAACCACAUGUAACUAAUGAACUCCUUCAGUUUGCAAUUCUGCUUCUACAAAAUCAGAAGAAAACAUGUGGAGUUUCAAACCAUACUUCACAAAGACUUUUGUUCUGUACUGGCAAUUUUUUCCUGGGA